UCAAGAUUGAUGAAAAAAUCUGCUAAUUUUGCCCUUGACUCAGUCAGAGGGCUUGAUAUGUACCCAAAGACAAUCAAACUUACCUACAAAGGCAACGAAGAGUUCAAAACCCUACUUGGAGGAGUUGUAUCUCUGGGAAUCAAAGUGGUGAUCCUGAUCUACACAUGGACAAUGUUCAGCAUCAUGCUUUCAAACAAGAACAGUUCAAAGAGCAUAAAUACUUCUGUCAAAAAUCUCAGACGGGACAAUGAGAUAGUAGAUCUACAAAGUAGCACAUUCCAGUUUGCAAUUACAGGAAUCUUAAAUGAAGACGAUAUAGAUAUCAUGAAUUUUGAAGAAGCAUUCACACCCGAAGUCAGAAUUAUUACAAAAUUAGCAAAUGAGACUACUUUCAGAAAUGUGACUGUUGGACUAACAGAAUGUGGAAAUAAUUUUAAGUAUGCGAAUCAAACUGAGGUGAAAGAUCUUGGAAUCAAUGAGUAUUACUGUCCUAAUAGCAGAGAGUUCAAAUUGCAAGGGAAUGUGUUGUCAGAUGCCUACCAAUACUUUGAAAUCAACUUUAAUAGAUGAGAUAAUGCCACUAGCUCAGUAACAUGUCUCACUACAGCACAAAUUGACCAGAAGGUACAAGAGCUUGAAGUCGGAAUCUAUGUGGUCAACUCAUACUUUGACUUCGAUGACUAUAAUAGUCCAAUAAAGACUUACAUAGACGAUAGAUUCUUUUAUUACUUAGUUCCAGGGAACACUGUGACCUCGAAUGUAUACAUCCAGAAAAAUGAGAUUGAAACUCAGGAUAACUAUUUUGCUUACAAACCUGGAGGCAAGAAGAGCGACAUCUAUGAGAUCAGGAGAAUAGACAACAGAUUCUCUAUUGAGGAUACAGAAUCAUAUAACCUACUAAACGUGAGGUUUGUGAAAGAUCCCUUCACACAGUCAUACGAUAGAGGAGUCAUCACCAUUUUGGAUGUCAUUGGGAACAUCGGAGGACUGAUGGGAGUAUUCGUUGUUGCAGGAGGAUUCAUUGUCAAUCUGUUCUCUGAAAAGCUUUUCUUCUAUUCAAUAUUCUCCAAUAUGUACAAAGUUGAAAAGCCUGAUAAUUCUCCCGUGAUUCACGCGACUUCAUUGAAAAUUCAAAAUUUUGAAAAUGAAAAAGAAAAUCAGGGGAUUCAACUCUCUUUGUCUGAAGUUUCUUCAGAUGAAAAUUUCUCAAAGAAGGACCUAUCUGAAAAAGCCAAACAAGCGAUGCUUAGACGAGCAAAAUAUGAUUGGAAACUAACUGAUCUUAUCUACAACACUCUCGGUGUCUUCUCAGUUGUGUUCCGUUGCUGUCUCAACAAGAAGAACCCCAUGAACAUCCACCAGAGACUGAAGCUGUUUGAGAUUGCAGAGCAGAAGUAUGUCAGAGAACUUGAUGCAGUUGAGUUUUCGAAGAACAUGCGUAACCUCAAUACAUUGGUGGCUUCACUACUUGACAAGAAGGAACAGCUGCUGGUGCAACACCAAAAGUCGAAUGUGCUCAUUUUAGAUGAAUCCGAUGACGGAGAAAAACAAUUAAAAGAUGAUUUUCCAAAGUUAUUCGGCAAACCAGAAACAAAUGGUGAUUAUGCCAUAAGAAUUACAGAACUAAUGGAUGACUUUAAUGGAAAAUGGGAUUCAAAGACAUACAAAUUAAUUAACGGAGUUUGCUCAUUAAGAUCUACCCAGGAGCAAUAUUCAUCUCACCCUCAGGACAAUCAUAGCUUGUUCAGAAGAAAGACUCAUAACUUUAGUGCUCAGAAUUCUCACAAAGAAAUCGAAGAGGAGUCAAAAUUGAAUAAAGAUGCUUUACAGAAGACACCUGAAUACAUUUCUGGCAAAAUUCAAAACCCAAAAAUAUUAUCAGUCAGAUACCAAGACUUCUAACCAACUAAUUUCUGC